AUGGUGACGAAACGAUUGGCCCGAUACGGCAAUUGGGAGAGCCCGAUAACGGUCGAUACCGUCACCUCCAAAAGCUGGUCCGUCGCGUCGCCGCGGGUGCAUCGCGACACUGGCCGGGCCUUCUUCGUCGAAUCCAAGGACGAUGGCCGCAAAGGGAUCGUGGAGAUCACCCAGGAUGGCCUGAAGGACUUGCUCCCAGCCCCUUACAGCGCCAGUAACACCGUGUAUGAGUACGGCGGCUCCGCUCACGACAUAGUUGCGGAUGGAAGACUCAUCUUUUCCAACAAAGACAACACCGUCAAGAUCCUGGACCCCAACACAGGCAAGGUCUCCGAUCUGACUGGCAACCCGAAGCUGCGGUACUCCAACUUCAGCGCGAACCCCAGCAGUCCUUGGGUUUUGGCCACAGAGGAGGACCAUGAGAUUCCAACACCCGAGGGAAUCCGGAACUACAUUGUGGCCAUCAACGCGGACAGCGGUGAAGUCAAGCGAGUCGUCCAAGGGGCCGACUUCUACUACACGCCCCAGUUCAGUGAGGACGGCAAGAAGUUGACCUGGAUGGAAUGGGAUCAGCCCACCCUGCCUUUCUCAGCAGCCAAGAUCUUUGCCGCUGAUUGGACAUCCCUAGCAAGCGUUGAGAACGCGGUGCUGGUCGCGGGCGAAAACCGCGAGGGCGCUGCUGAACCGCGAUGGGGCCUCGACGGCAGUCUGUUUGUGUGCAUUGAGAUUGAUGGAUUUCGACAGCUGUUCCGUAUGGCUCCUGGCUCGGAGAAGCCAACACACGUCAAGCUCGAGGGACUUGAGAACGCCGAAAUCGGAGAGAUUCGUUGGUUUCAAGGAAGCCGCACGUAUGCCCCGCUGUCGGCCCGCUAUGUCGCGGCCGCAGCUAUUGUUUUCGGCCAGGCAAAGCUGAUCCUCAUCGACCUCGAUAAAAGCGAUUGGAGGCCUAUUGGCCCUUCUGAGAUAUGCGGCAUCGUGAACGACUCUUUAGUCCGGUUGAGCGACGACUCCUUGCUUCUUGUUGCCGAUCAGUCCGGGGUUCCUUCUGCACUGUACAAAAUCGACAUCUCGACCGGCGAGACCACGACUAUUCGGGACACCACGGGCGAGAAGCUGGAGGAUUCUCUAUUCUCAAAGCCGGAACUGGUUAAGUUCCAGUCGACAGGCUCGCCGUCGCGCACAAUAUACAGCACUCUAUGGAUGCCACGCAACCCGAAGUUCCUGGCCCCAGAAAACACGCUGCCUCCGCUGGUCAUUUCCUCUCACGGAGGCCCAACGGCUUACACUGGCUCCGGUCUCAAACUCCGCACACAGUAUUUCACCGCCCGCGGCUACGCCUAUCUUGCGUUGAACUACACGGGGUCGACCGGUCACGGCCGAGACUAUCGUGAGGCAUUGUUCAGCAACUGGGGCAUUGUCGACGCAGACGAUGCUGCCGAAGUUGCCAAUCACCUGGUCGAAGCAGGCAGAGUUGGCAAGGUCGGUAUUGUUGGCGCGAGCGCGGGAGGAUACAACGUCCUCCAAGCUCUGGUCCGCCACCCCCGAAUCUUUGAUGCCGGGUUCUGCGUAUGCGGCGUGAGCGACGUUGAGAAGCUGGGCGAAUCCACUCACAAGCUCGAGUCGGAAUACAUGGGAGCGCUCGUGCUCGAUCCGGGCAUGACGCGAGAGCAGGUGGAACAGAGGUACCGCGAACGAAGCCCUCUGUUCAGUGCCGAUAAGAUUGAGGCACCGCUGUUCCUCUUGCAUGGCGUCGCCGACACGGUGGUCCCCAUCGAACAGGCUAGACUCAUUUACAAGGCAGUCAAGGACAAGGGAGGUGAUGUGGGGAUGAGGGAGGUGGAGGGCGAAGGCCACAUGUUUGGCAAGCCUGGAAGCCAGAGACUAUGGCUUGAAGAAGAGGAGGCUUGGUGGAGAUCGUAUUUGAUUUAA